CCACGUUAGAACUUUUUUCCCCGGUUUAAACACCUUUUAGGCGUGUUGCGUGCCUGUUUAAUUGGACAGAAUGGUUCGCAAAGAGGCCACCCGUCUGGUAGCAGCUCUUUUCAGGGCCAGCAACAAGGGCAUUUCCUCGUCAUGGAGCGUUGGUGGUACUCGCCUGAAGUCGGCGAUGCCUGAGCCCCAGGAGGCGAAGGACGAGGACCUUCACCACAAGGACGGCAAGGUGCUGCAUCCACACCUGCUUAACGAGAACGUUAUGAAGACGCAGUAUGCCGUCCGUGGAGAGUUAUACCUGCGCGCUGAGCAGCUACGCAAAGAGGGCAAGGAGAUUAUCUUCACAAAUGUUGGAAACCCUCACGCUCUGGGCGCGAAGCCCCUUACCUUUCCCCGUCAGGUGUUGGCGCUGUGUGCUGCGCCAUUCCUGCUGGACCACCCUCGUGUGGAGGAGCUGUUCCCAGCCGAUGCGAUUGCCCGAGCUAAGAAGAUCCUGUCCGCCUUCAAGGGUGGCGUAGGCGCUUACACGGACAGCCGUGGUAACCCCUUGGUACGGGAAGAGGUGGCCCGUUUCAUCGAGAAGCGCGACGGUGUGGCAUCCAAUCCCGAUCACAUCUUCCUGACGGAUGGUGCCUCCGUGGCGGUGCGCCUCUGCCUCAACGCUAUGAUCCGUCACGAGCGCGACGCCGUUCUGGUGCCCAUCCCGCAAUACCCGCUGUACUCGGCCUCGAUUCGCCUCUAUGGCGGUACCCUUGUGGGUUACUUCUUGGACGAGCGUCGCGGCUGGGCUUUGUCAGUUGAGGAGCUGAGGCGCUCUCUCAAGGAGGCCCGGGAGGAGGGCAAGCUAGUGCGCGGACUGGUGUUCAUUAACCCCGGCAAUCCCACUGGCCAGUGCCUCAGCCAGGAGAACCUCAAGGAGCUCAUCCAGUUUGCCUACGAAGAGCGAAUUGUGCUGAUGGCCGACGAGGUGUACCAGGAGAACGUGUACCAGGACGAACGGCCAUUUGUCAGCGCCAAGAAGGUCAUGUAUGAGAUGGGGGAGCCGUAUCGCAGCCAUGUGGAGCUGCUGUCGUUCCACACCGUGUCGAAGGGCACGGCUGGGGAGUGCGGCCUGCGCGGCGGUUACGUGGAGAUGACAAACAUCCAUCCUGGAGCCAUCGAGGAAGUCUACAAGUGUGCCUCCAUCAACCUAUCGCCGAAUACCAUGGGCCAAAUCGCUCUGUCGUGCCUGGUCAACCCCCCUAAGCCAGGUGACUCCUCUUACGAGAUGUAUACCAAGGAGAAGGCUGCCGAGCUGGCGUCGUUGCGGCGGCGGGCGCAUAUGGUUACGGACGGCUUCAACUCACUGGACGGUGUGACCUGCAACUUCACGGAAGGCGCUAUGUACAGCUUUCCACAGAUCAAGCUGCCACCAAAGGCUCUUGAGGCGGCCAAGGCUGCUGGAAAGGCGGGCGAUGUGUUUUAUUGCCUAAAGCUGCUCGAGUCGACCGGCAUCUCCACCGUUCCCGGCAGCGGCUUCGGCCAGGAGGACGGCACCUUCCACCUGCGUACCACCAUCCUGCCCCGUGAGGAAGUGAUGAGCUCGUUUGUGGAGAAGUUUGAGAAGUUCCACAAGGACUUCAUGAAGCAAUACUCUUAAAUUGUGCUGGCCCUGCGGUCUUCGAGCUUGCGCGUCGCAAUAGCCGAUAGAAUGCUGUCUAGUUAUGUCUGGAGUGAACGGAUAACGCUGUAACGCACCGGCGAGGUAUGCGCGUCGUGUGGCAGUGGAGUGCACGCGCGGAAAUCUGCUUGAGGAAGACGAAGGGACAGUUUUCGUGGGGGCAUGCUCAAUGCUCCUCACGGCGGCUGCAAGAUGAAUAUCGUCUGUUUAGAGGUGGGUCCUUCGUGGCUCGAAUGCGUUUGGCUCUUUCGUGUUGGCUUGUAUACCUUGAGGUUGGAGCAUUGAGACCGGUUGGCGUGGUUUCGCUGCUCCAACCUUUGUUCACCCGUCUCGGCUGGGUCCUAUCCUAGCCGUCGCGGGUGUUCCGGUGAAACCCGCAUAUGGCAUAUGUUUCGUAUUGGUAUUGGCCAUUGCAUUACCGGGUUGCCAUGUUGUACAGAACGACAGGACGCUGUUGGCACAGGUUUUGCGGCGGGAAUGUUGUUGCCACGUCUUCAGGGGCGAUGUGCUCAUUACUUGUGCGAGCAAGCCAUGGGGUUGUAUCUUGUUGGGGUUUGUGAUUUGAUGUGUUCAAUAACCCUUGGAGAAAUUUUGCUGCCCUGACCGGGCGAAUGUUGUGGCGUUGGCUACUUCAUGUUUUGGGCAAGAUGCUAUUCGCGCUUGCCUGGCGCGGGCUGCGCUAUGCAUAUAAACAUAUUGGCCAGGUGUUAGGCAGUGUGCUAUGGGCACUAUAUCACGUGCUUUUCCUGCGUUCGAAGUAAGCUCCUGAAUUUUAGCAUUCAGGCUGUGGGAGCUUUGACGCGAGCAGUGAAAGGAGCUGACGCUUCCAAAAAGGCUUUUGGAUAGUGUGGAAUGUAUUUCUUAGGAUAGGGAACUGGGCGGAUUUUACCUUGUUCUCGCCCUGACCGAUCCCUUGCUAUGUUGAUGACCUUCAACGUGCCGAGUUGCCAAUCACAGUGGAUUUUAUAAUAGCAACCGUGGUUACCGUAAGCAGUACACUUGUAACUUGGAAAAUGACC